AUGAAUUUUAGAAUUGAUCGAUUUAUAUAGGCAUUGUUAGCCAAAUCAUAGCAUUGUCAACAUGGUUGUUCAUGCUUUGAACACGUCUCUAUUCAAGGUUUACAAACAUUUAAAUAUGCUUAUGUUUUGAGGACUGCAUUGUCCCUGCUUUAAAUCUUAGUUAAAUUCAAGAAGAAUAAGUUAAAAUAGAUCCCGAAAAUAUUGAUCUCUAAAGAUAAUAUUAAGUUUUGUUUGUUCUUAUCCUCAUAUACUCUGAUUACGAAAGGUUUGCAUUGUUUACUGAGAAAUAAAUACGAAUAGGAUUCUCCUAACUAUGCAUUUUAUUGUGGCUUAUUGGGUGGAAUGAUUUCGUUGUCCUUUUUGAAAUAUGACCAAAGAAAAUUUUGGGCUUUAUAUAUGAUUGUGAGGGCUUUGGACACAAGAUUUCAUAAUUUGCAAAAUACGCCUAUGUCAUCAUAUAUUCUUUCAUGCAACUGA